CUGGCGGUGCUGAUAGCGGCUGCGGGUUAACAGCCGAGCCCAUGCUGCACAUUCUCACACGCACGUAGGCGACUUUACACUGGAAGACAUAAAUUAAUCCACUCGCGGGCACAAAGAAAGAUGCUGCUGUGUGGCGGUGUGGUGAGGGCCCUCAGGGGCCGCGGCGCCUGGAGGACCCUGUCCACCUGCAGCCGCAUGCAGAGCCACCACAAGAAAGAUCUAGAUGUUCUGGACUGUUCUCUUCCUCAGUAUGUUUGCCGUCUGGACACGCCCCUCCCGGACAUCCCGUUCGUUAGAGAGCUGACCAACCAGCAGGGGGAACUGAAGGACAAAGAGAGAGGGGAUUGGAAGACACUCACAAAAGAGGAAAAACUGGCCUUGUAUCGUCUGGCCCAUCAGUAUUCUUAUGCUGAGAUGCGUCAGGGUUCUUCAGAGUGGAAGACUGUUCUAGGUGGAGUUUUCUUCCUGCUUGGCCUCAGUGGUGUGUUGGUCUGGUGGUACAGAGCCUAUGUCUUUGGGCCAGUGCCUCACACGCUGUCUCCUGAUUGGAUAGAGAAGCAGACUCAGAGAAUGAUUGACAUGCGGGUCAACCCAGUCCAUGGUUUCUCGGCCCACUGGGACUACGAGAAGAAACAGUGGAAAUAGAAGCAGUCGCCGAGCUCACGCUCUCACCGCUAACAGAACGUUUUCUGUAUUUGGGAAUGUCAAUCCAUUCACCCUCUUUUUUCUUUUACGAUGUUCUGUGUAAUGCUGCUUUUUUAAAAGCUUUAUAUGCACCUGCUAAGAACUUUACUGAGAAGCUAUAUGUACUUGCUAAGCACUUGUUAAACUCAGACUGAGCACCUUUUAUGUACUAUAAGUACACGCAAAGUACAAGUCUACAGCUUGUGUUCAUACUAAGCAUUAGGGUUGUGGCUUUACCACAGUUUUAUUUGAUGACAGUUUACCAAAAUUACUGUAGUGGCUAGUAUUCUGAUUUCAUCCAAAAGAGAAACAACAACGCCUAAUUAGUUGGUUGCAGUGCAGGCUAACAAGAGAAAGUGGAAAGACUUGCAGUUAACUAGCUGAAAUAGUCUGUGGAAUGCAGCUUAGCAGAAGCGGCUUUGCAUAUACUAAUGACACAACACAAAAGGUCUGGAUCAUGAAUGUUAAUAUGAAUAAUAAUAAAAAAGCUGAAAAAUAUAGGGACAUCUUUACCAGUGAAAAUGGAUUUUCAGGUCCAACAUUUGCCAGAUUUAAGUUUUUACCUGCCGCCCCCAUGUUCUGAACUACAGGUGGGCCUCGUGGUUGGUUUGAUGACCCGUGGAGGUGGGUUAGAGUCUGGCUGGUGGUCACCAGAGAUUUGGGAGGGUUUGGUGUGGUGACUCACGGCCCGCAAAAUGAACGAAUGAGUCGUGUUUGAAUUAAUCAUGUUUAAAUUUGAUACGUGGAAUGCCACGUGCUGACAAUCGGCUUUGUGCAUAACUGUAGUCCACGGACUUCCGGUUUCUACUGCAGCGGUCACACCAGUUUCCUGUUUGUUGGCGCGCGCUGUUGACGCUGGCAUACUUUUCGCGAUGCCGUCAAGAUUUACCAUGGAUAAAUGUUUGAUCUAAAUAAUCUCAUAAAUAAAAAAAUUGACUCUUCUUGUAAACUGGACAUCCAACAUGUUUUAUUUGGUCUGUCACAAAAUGAGGAAAUAAGUUCAGAAAAAAUGUAUAUUAUCAACCUUCUAUUAAUAUUUGCUAAAUUUCAUAUUCACUGUACCAAAUUUGCACACCAGCGUCCAAACAGUGUAUUCAAAGCACUUAUUUCAUCCUAUUUAGAAUCUUUAAAAGAAUGUAUGAAUCCUAAAGCCAGCAAAACCAGAAGACUAUGUGAAGAAUAUAAUUUAACUUAAAUCCUGUAUCUCGAGCUUUUUUAUUUUGUCUUUUCUUUUUUUAUGGCUAUGUAAAUUUUAAUUUGAAAUAAUUUAUAUUUUUGUAACUACUUUUUGUCCUAUUGUGAUGUAAUAUUUUCUUGUUUAUAUGUUUUGUUCAAUAAAAAAAUAUAAAAUAAAUAAAUAAAUAAACAAAAACCAUGGAUAAAUGUCAACGACGUGCACAGGUCCGUCGACAAACUUCCCCCUGCACCUCCCAACAAACGGGAGAGACGUCUCAAGUU